AUGGAUGAAGAAAACUUCUAUCCAGUUUACCUGUUACAGGAAAAUGUUGCGUUCCCAGAUCCAUUCUUCAACGAAAAACGCUACCACACUGGUAUAUUUAUUGAAACCGAUCCGCAAUCUGGGACUGGAGCAUUCCACCAUGUAACGGGCGACAUUGUUUCUGUGCAAGGAAUGAAAUACGAAGUCAGGCCCAUGUCAUCGCCGCCAGAGAGUUCUGAAGCAUUCCAUGCCAAAACAAAGCUCGGUCGAGUCCGGAGGGAGGAUUAUCCUGCAACCUUUGACGAGAAGCUACGAGGUAUACCGCCGCCAAUCCGUCAGAGGAUAUUCAACCCACGUACGAUGACUCUCGAGCAGUGUAAACUGGAUGGCACUCUUUAUAUGCCAGGCGAAUCUAAGCCGCCAUACGAGAAAUGCACGGAGUGGACAAAUUUGAAGGCUAUUCCUGCUCUGAUUGAGGCCCGAAUUUUGAUCGAGAGUUGA